AUCACUUCAUCAUCUUUAUCUUCUUUAAUUUCUCUCCAUUCUCAAGCUAAGACUUUUCUUCACUAGUCAUGGAGUUCUUUAACAAAGCCAGAGUAGUAAGACUGAAGAGCUACCAUGACAAGUUCCUGAUAGCAGACGAUGAUGAAGAAACAGUUCGACAGAGCCAUGACGGAUGCUCUCACAGGGCACGUUGGACCGUCGAGUUCAUCCAAGGCGACUCCCACCACGUCCGACUAAAAAGUUUCAGCGGCAAGUACCUAACAGCCUCAGAUGAGGAAUUCCUACUGAGCGUUUCAGGUAAAAAAGUAUUGCAAACCAUGCCAGUAUCACAUAAGGAUAGCUCCAUCGAUUGGGAGCCCAGAACAGAAGGGUUUCAUGUGAAGUUAAGAACAAGAUGCGGCAAGUUUCUACGUGCCAACAGUGGCGCGCCGCCAUGGAGGUACUCGGUCAGACAUGACAUUCCCUAUAGAACUUCUACGCAAGAUUGGAUUCUUUGGAAAGUUGAAAUGGUGGACAUACUAGAAUUUGAUUCAAUCCCUGGUAAUGUAUCUCUUGGGUCGAGCUUCUCUUCCUCGUUUUCAUCAGAUUUUUCUGGUUCAGAAUCAUGUUUGGAGAUUCAUUCUUCAAUGGUGAAUCCUGUAUCUAGUGAUAGAUCCAAAUUAGUAACAGAGAACGGAAUGGAACUUUUCCAAAAAGCCAAAGUGGUUCGUCUUCGAAGUCACCAUGACAAAUACCUGAUAGCUGAUGAAGAUGAAGAAACUGUUACCCAAGAUAGAAAUGGUUUAACCAAGAAUGCAAGAUGGACGGUAGAAAUUAUCGAAAAAUCCCAGUGUUUGCGCUUCAGGAGUUGUUACGGCAAAUACCUGACAGCUUCUAACAUGCCAUUCCUGUUAGGAAUGACAGGCAAGAAAGUCCUGCAAACAUUGCCAAGAAGAUUAGAUUCAUCUGUCGAAUGGGAACCCAUUAGAGAAGGGGUCCAAAUUAAACUUAAGACACCUUAUGGGCAAUAUUUAAGAGCAAAUGCAGGCUUACCACCUUGGAGAAAUCAUAUUACACAUGAUAUUCCUCAUAGAACUUCAACACAAGAUUGGAUUCUUUGGGCUAUUGAUCUUGUAGAGAUAAGAGUACAAGAACCUCCUCCGCCACCGCAAGCCAUAACUCAACGAGCGGAAAUUGUGCGUUACGAACGACCUCCGCCUACCAACAAUAACCACAUUGAGGCUGCGGCACCUUCUGAUCCUGGUUCACCUACUGCAAUUUCGCUUCAAUUCCCUAAAAAUUCAAGCACUGAGAUUGACGAACCAUUGGUGGGCGUUCCAGUAAAGAAUGAAGGAAGGUUGAUUCAUUAUAAUGUGGCGAACGAGAAUGGUGAAGUUGAUGAAAACAAAAGGCAAUCAUUUACUUUCAAAGGAAGUGUGGUGGAGCAAUUGAAGCAAAAAUUGGAGGAAGAAACAGGGCUGCAAGAUAUCCUUGUUUGUUCUCGAAAUCCAUUGAAUGGGAAGCUUAAUCCCCUUCGAUUACAUCUUCCUCCAAACAAUGCAAAUAUGCAUGUUAUUGUGGUUCCCUCACCAGGGAAAGCAUCAUCAAAUAUUGGGCAACUUGAGAGUCCAUCUGCAGCGUAAUUGAAUUUGCAUUGUCAUUCACAACAUUACGUGUGGAUAUUGCUCAAGUUGGAGGCCGGGAAGGGGGUGAGAUUGGCAGAGUUUAAAUUGGAUCAUUGCUCAAUCAAGAUAAUCUUGAUUAUCCACGGGUCAUCUUGUGGAAUUUCUUUUGAGGGCUAUUUAAUGUUAUACGGGUCCUUCUUCCUUUGUUGGCUGUUUUUCUUAAUCCUUUUGUAAUUGUUAAUAAUACUUUGAGGUUUUCUUUGGUUUUAAAGUUUUUCGAAAUAAUUAAUUUUAGCACUCUAA